CGGCAGCGCCCGCGGCCCGGACUUCUGACGCAUGCUCGGUACCGGCGCCUGCUGCUGUCAUUGUGAGCGGGAGGCAGAGGGAGUGAGAACCGGGAGCAGAGCCGCCAUGCCAUGUUCCGUCAGCUGGUGCGCGCCGUGACGCUGGCUCCUCGCCUGGGCCGCUGCGCCGUGCGGAGGGAGCUCGCCCAGAGUCGCGGUCCCCCAACCAUGAAUGCGGACAAGAAGCCCCAGGCGAACAGCGACGGUGAGGACUUCGAUCGGAUCUUUGCCCAGGUGGUGGACGACCUGACGCAGGAGGACCUGAGGCACCCAGAGAUUGGGGACGCCAUCAAACGGCUGAGGGAGGCGGUUGAGUACAAUGUUCCGGGUGGGAAGAGGAACCGGGGUCUGUCGGUCAUCGCCUCCUUCCGGGAAUUGGCUGCUCCCCAGCACCAGACAGAGGAUAACUUCAGGCUGGCGCUGAUUGUUGGCUGGUGUGUCGAGCUGCUACAAGCCUUCUUCCUGGUCGCAGAUGACAUCAUGGACCAGUCUGUCACCAGGCGAGGUCAGGUCUGCUGGUAUCGGAAGGAUGGAGUGGGACUGGAUGCCAUCAACGACUCCUACCUCCUGGAAGCCGCCGUCUACCGACUGCUCCGCAGGUACCUGAGGUCCCAGCCCUGUUAUGUCAACCUGCUGGAGCUCUUCCUCCAGACCUCCUACCAGACAGAGCUGGGACAGUCCCUGGACCUGAUGACGGCUCAGCCCAGUCGUGUGGACCUGGACCAGUUCACCGAGGAGAGGUACAAGGCCAUAGUGAAGUACAAGACCGCCUUCUACAGCUUCUACCUGCCUGUGGCUGCAGCGAUGUACAUGCCUCCUGAGGAAAUAAAGGUGCUGGUGAGCUUUCUUGGCCGUGGCAUCUACGUGAUUCGACCAGGACAGGCUGUUGGUGAUGUUCACUCCCAGGAACUUGAAGAUCUCAAUGGCAAAGCAGUUUAAUUCAGGUAAGUGCGAGGUGUUGCAUUUUGGAACGUCAAGUCAAGGUAGGCCUUUCACAGUGAACGGCAGGGCCCUGGGGAGUGUUGUAGAACAGAGGGACCUAGUAGUUCAGGUUCCCUGAAAGUGGAGUCACAGGUAGACAGGGUGGUGAAGAAGGCGUUUGGCACGCUGGCCUUCAUUGGUCAGGGCAGUGAGUAUAGAAGUUGGGAGGACAUGGUGCAGUUGUACAGGAUGUUGGUGAGGCCGCACUUGGAGUAUUGUGUUCAGUUUUGGUCGCCCUGCUAUUGGAAAGAUGUUAUUAAACUGGAAAGGGUGCAGAGAAGAUUUACAGGGAUGCUGCCAGGACUCGAGGGACUGAGUUAUAGGGAGAGGUUGGACAGGCUGGGGCUUUUUUCUUUAGACCGUAGGAGACUG